AAGAGACUGUUGUCCCCUUGGGAGAGAGGAGGGGGAAGCUCUACACAGACGUCCCCCCGUCCAAUCCCAUCCCCAAGUAGGGGUCGUGGCGAUGAUGAUGCUCUGAGCAAGUAGGCAGCCCCUGGGUGGGCAGCCUAGCCUGUCCUGCGGGUAUAAAGAGCCCCGGCCUGGCCUGCCCGGCUCCCAGAUCCCGGGCGCCUGGCGCGCCCUCAGCUCCAAGGAUGGACGAGUUGAUGGACGGCUGCCAGUUCUCUCCAUCCUCAGCCGUCUUCUUCUACGACAGCUCUUCCUGCAUCCCUUCCCCCGAGGAGGAACUGGUGGAAGAGGACUUCGCGCAGCGGGUGGCAGCUUCCUCCUCCUCGUCGUCCUCGACUUCUUCCUUCGGAGCGCACCCGGCAGAUCUGCCCGGGGGAUCCGACGGCGAGGAGCACGUCCGGGCGCCCACGGGCCACCACCAAGCCGGCCACUGCCUGCUGUGGGCUUGCAAAGCCUGCAAGAAGAAGUCGAGCACGGUGGACCGGAGGAAGGCGGCCACCCUGCGGGAGAGGCGGAGGCUGAAGAAAGUCAACCAAGCCUUCGAGGCUCUCAAGAGGUGCACCACGGCCAACCCCAGCCAGCGGCUGCCCAAGGUGGAGAUCCUGAGGAACGCCAUCCGUUACAUCGAGAGCCUCCAGGAGCUGCUGAGGGAGCAAGUGCACCACUACUACCGCUUGCCCGGAGGACAAAGUUGCUCCGAGCCCAACAGCCCCAUCUCCAGCUGCUCCGACGGCCUGGUAAGGACUUCGGAGGGACCCCACCCGAGGCUGGUGGACCGGGCCAGGGAGGGAAAGGGGACCUCUUCGCGCUCUCCCAGAGGAAGCGGCUGCGCGGGGGCCACGUCGGGGGUCGUGGCGGGUGUGGAGCGCGCGGGGAGCUUCGCAGCGCCGCGAGGGGAAAGGCAGGCGCUUCCUUAAGCCGCCUGGAAACAAAAGGCGCUUCAAGGUUACGCAUUGCGCCCGGGCUUUCUGCAGAGCAGAAGGGCAUAGCGAUCUUGGAAGACGCUGCCUCCGACGAUCAUUUUAUGUCUAGGUUUGUCCUGAUAUGGUUUCCGCUCCCGCUUUCCGACGCAUAAGGCCUCAGUCGAGGCGGCUUGCCUAAGCGCGAUCACAAUAAAUACCGAUCGCGCACCCCUAUAUAUAUAUAUAUAGACAGAUUAGAAAAACAAACACAAACCAGCCUAUGGUAAGGUAAAGGCUAACAGAGGGGAAACGGCAAGAGUGGAGAAUCUUUUGAACCUCGGUGAGCAAGGUACGCGCGCACACUAAGCUGAUGCGAGGAUGGAGCAUCUCGCUAGUUGCGCGUGCGCGCACUCAUAGAGCAAGGCAUUGUGAUAGACUGCUAGUCGUCUUUAGAGAAUUUCCAAUGUGCUUGGAAAUGCUUUCCUCAUCCACAACAAUCCUGUGAGGUAGGUCGUUAUCCAUCUCAUCUGACAGAUGGAAAACAAAGUAUUGAGUUCAAUACUCCCAAGUAAGCUGGUGAAGUAUUGCAGUGCAAAUUCUCCUCGCUGAGCACGCGCUUGAACCCAGUCCUCUCAUUUAGAUAGACCUCUCUGCUGGUGGAGAUAGUCAAAUACGGGAGCCGUUCGCGUGUCUGCAGAUGGUGAGAAAUGUGAGCGUAUGAUAUAUUUUAAUGCUGAACACUGAAACGAAUUGACUUACGUCAGAACAAAAUGGAUUUGGGGUGAUUUCAUAAACUUGUUGCGUCAUUGGCCAAAUUGUUUGCUUCUGAGGAAGAGCCUUGCGUUGUUCAGAAGCUAGCAACUUUUAUCAGGUCGAUCUAAGGUAGGAGCAUAUCCUUCAAAGCAAUGUGACACAAUGCAAAAGACUUAAAUAACUGGAAGGCUGCAGUUUUAGGCAAAAUAAUUUGGGAGUAUAAGCCGAAUUUUUGCUAGGGGGCACGUCGGUUUUACUAACUAUGCCUCGCAUGGGACCACACGGUUGCGUGAGAAAGUCGCGCGUUUUGCCGCCGCGGCCGGGUCAGCAAAGGAGUAAAUGUAAAACUUGCGCUCACUUUGCGCUGCGAUCUUACGCGCGAUUCUUUGUAACGCGCGUGGCCAGGAAAUUCCAAGCGAGGCAAUGAGCUUCCGGCUGUGACCCUGUGCGUGUUUUCUUGGAAGCAAGCGAACGUUGAACUCAGCGUGUUCCCUAUUACGGAAGUACUGUAAACAUGUUUGUGGUUUGUGGUGUUAGUCAUAGAUCACUCUUAAUGAAAGCAAUUAGCCAGACGCCCAGAUCUUGAAAAGCCGUUUGAAAUCGACAGGCAAGUGAAAAGUCCUUAAAUUCUAACUAAUCCAGUUUUCUGGGCGUGCUGAAGGAGCCGUUGCCUGCGGUCCUAUUAAGCACGUUUCUUUAGGAGGAAGAUCCUGGGAAAUCGGUGUGUAAAUUUCCUUGGAUUUAGCCCUAUUGAACUAACUUACUUCUGAUCAAGUAUUGCACUGUCAGAGUUUUCCACUGUAUGUUUAUUUGAUCAAAAGAUUUAACUAUGGACAAAGUAAUGGUGGAAACAACAGCUCCCUCUGAGAUGACGCUUGUUUUCUCCCAGUUUUUCUUCCCUGCUGAUGGAGAGAACGGCCUCCCUCCCACAUUGUGUUAUGGGACUGCUGUUGUUGUUGUUGAAACCACAUUCUUUUCACCAGGCAUUUGGCUCCGGAUGUGCCAAGCUUUGAUGCGCUUGGGAAAGGGUCCUGUCCUGGCUGGCUGGGAAAGGGUCCUGUCCUGGCUGGCUGCGGCUUUCCCUUGCUCCAAUCCAUUCUCCAUGGUCAGUGCAGCUCACACAGAUUGGAGAUGCCCCAGGUUGCUUGGCCUUCGUUCCCCUUCUUCCUCGGAGCACAGCGUUGAGGAAAUAUUGGAAGUCAAAGGGAACUCAUAAAACUGCGCCUGGGCUGGUUGGCUGCCUUCUCAGUGGUUUCUUCCCUCCUCCAGAAAGCAGAAAAUACACUCUGUUCAGGCAAGGGCCAGGCUCCCAUCCGAUUUAACCAAAUUCAUAAGAAAUGCUAUCGUUACUACUACCAGCUGUGGCAAUUCAGGGUGCUCCUGCCAGAUUGUGGGGAAGUGCUUAAAUUGCAAAUGGGCCACUCAGAUCCUAUUUUUCUGUGUACAUUAUUUGUCUGGCACCAUCUGUCUGGAACAUCAGCUUACACACAUUCCUGUCCUCUCCCCCUCUCCCAGUCAUGGAUUUUCGUUGCUAUUCCAUUGUUUCCCAUCCACACCAGAGGGUGGAAGUUGAUGGAGUGUAUUGAGAGAUAGUAUAUUCCCUCCUCUCAACCAUCCCUCCUCUCCAGUGCCAUUUUCUCUUCUGGCCACGUGCACAGGUAUUUCUGUACCUCUGUGUAUGUGUGUGCACAUCUUCUUGAAAAAUAAACAAACCAGGGAAUGUGCAAAAGCAUCAAUUAUUUUGUUUCACAAUCAGAAAAUGGAAGCUUGCACUAAACAAAAUAAUUUUUUUAAAUUUUUAAAUCCAGGUCUUGUGCAAGAGCUGAUAUUUACUGGAUUAAGGCUUGCACAGGAGAUAUAGAGGUGUUGCACAAAACCUCUGCAAUGGUGUGUUUUUAAAAGUGCACAACGCAUUAUCAUAGAAUAGAAUAAUAGGAUUAUAGAGUUGGUAGGGACCCCAAGGGUCAUCUAGUCCAACCCCCUGCAAUGCACAUAUUAGUCUGCAAGGUGUUCCCACCCAGCAGAGUCCCUGAGAAACCAGCUCCUUCUAACUGGGCUGUUGAAAUCUGGCCACAUUUUCAGUAGGCUACAAUUGGUGGAAAUAUGUAUGCUUGCAUUGUUUGGGCACCCAGAACAAAAUGGCUAGUUGUGCUUGGGUAAGCAGCAAAUAGAAGUAGCAGAGGGAGUGAUAGAGGCCACCCACGAAAAGGUCACCACCACACAUGUGACAAUCCCCCCUCCCCCCCCCACAAAUGAUGCUAAUGAGCUUCCACUCUAACAGCAAGUGCAGAUGUUUAACAGUUUUUUUUAAAAAAAACUUUUUGCAUGUUCAGCUGUCAAAUUAAAUCUAAAUUAAAUAUAAAACAACCCCCCCCCCCAAAAAAAAUAUGGGCUUGCAGCCCGAUGAUGUUAUGGGGGUAUGGGCGCUGCAAAAAACAAAACUUAUGUGUGGACGCACAGCAAAAAACUCCUGUCUGGAAGCAAUCUCAGUAGCUGAUCUGCCCAUGUGACUACUACUAUUUGUAGUAAUAUUGUAACAAAGAGUCUUAUCACGCAUGGGUUUGUGGUUUUGCUGUUCUGCAUGUUUUAUUGAGAGGCCUCCUCCUUUGGUUCAUUAGUAAACUUUUGUAGGCUGGAGUCCAUCAGCUCCAUGAAGUGUAAUCUGAAUAGGCAAGGAUAUAUACAGAUUUACAUAUGUAAAUAUGUAAAUAUGGGAGGUGGGGGAGCAGGGAUGGAGAGAAAUGGGGUUGGUUAGAAAUGAAGUGCAUUUCAGAAAUGAAAUGGUGAUUACAGAGUAGUUGCGGAGAACAAAAACUCAUGCAGCCAAUUCUUUGUUGCACCGCAUAGGUUUUAAGCUGCUACUCCGUUGCUUUUCUGCAGCAGCACCAAUACUAUAUGAUUCUAUAAUAACAAUAUAGUAUCACAUACCGGUAGUUGGGAAGGUCUUCCAACCAACUUCCUCUUGAAAGGUAGGCAAGAUCAAGACUUCAAAGUGAAGCACAGCUCACCAGGGCUCCUUCUUUUAAUGCCAGGUCUCAGACCUUGAACAUGUGGCAUAGUAUAGAGAGUCUCUGAGUACAUAAACAUUCCAAUGAGUAACCAUACACCAGGGGUUGUUGGGAGCAGGGCUUUCAAGGCAGGUGGCUCCAUAAACCGCACAGGCCCAAAUCUCUUGUUUUGGAAGCUAAGCAUUAGGAGCUUCCAUGGGCAGCUUCCUACAAACACUACCGUCCAGGACCCAGAAUCUUUUGGACUACGGAAGAAGGAAGCUGCUUCGGCGAAAAAGGACAGCAGCAAACCAAAUAGGCAGAACCAAUUUCAAACAAGGCACCUGGUUUGAGAUAACACAAAACCAAGCACCCACACAUCCUCAGUCACAGGGUCAUUGCUAGCCACCCUAACCUGGGAGAAAAUCUGUCAGUCAGACUAUGAGUAAAGUCCAUCCAUAAAGUUUAUUUGUGAAAGAAAACCUUUAUUGAGAAGGUUCACUUAUGUAGCUUAGCAGGAGAGAAGAGUUUGGAUUUGAUAUCCCGCUUUAUCACUACCCGAAGGAGUCUCAAAGUGGCUAACAUUCUCCUUUCCCUUCCUCCCCCACAACACACACUCUGUGAGGUGAGUGGGGCUGAGAGACUUCAGAGAAGUGUGACUAGCCCAAGGGCACCCAGCAGCUGCAUGUGGAGGAGCAGAGACGUGAACCCGGUUCUCCAGAUUACAAGACUACCGCUCUUAACCACUACACCACACUGGCUCUCAUGCUUUUUGCAUGCUUUUGCAUGAAAAUGGCCUCAGGUUCAGUCCCUGGCAACUCACAAUGCUGAGCUAGGUAGACCAAAGCAGCUUCCCAUGUUGAACAUAAGAAGAGCCUGCUAGAUCAGGCCAGUGACCCAUCUAGUCCAACAUCCUAUUCUCACAGUGGCCAACCAGAUACCCUUGGGAAGCCCCCAGGCAUAUCCUGAGCACAACAGCAUCCUACCGACCUGCCGUUUCCAGCAACUGGUAUUCAAAGGCCUACUGCCUGUCAGUGGAGGUGGAACGUAACCUCCAUAUUGCCAUAGCUUCCUGUCUUAUUCUGGGGUGCUCCUUCUUGGAUGCCCAACACCACUGCAGCAGAAGUAGCAGCCAUUGCAGGAAUUGCUAUGCGACUCAUUUCUUCUCUCAUCUUUCAGACUGAAUGCAACAUCCCGAUGUGGUCCAGAAGAAACGUCGCUCAUGACAACGUCUAUUGCUCUGAUCUCCAAAAUGGUAAGGCUCAGCGUCCUUUUCCCACUCCAAGGAAGUGCUGAUAAAAUCAAGACCAGAGAGGUGCUCUCUCUGAUGGAAGAUCAGCAAAGGGCCAACAGGAGAGGGCAGCUUCAGUUGCAUUUCAAUUAUAUUCUCUGCCAACUGCCUAUUCAUUAAAAAUGCUCAAGCUGGGAUAAAAAAUAAUAAUAUACUGUACAAAGCAAUAAACCAUAGUGAUCAGGAGUUGGCAGAUGGUAGAUUGAGAUCUGCUGGUAGAUUUCUGGGUGCUUUUCAGUAGAUCAGCAAGGGUGUUUGGUUCUCAGUUGCUUAAUGAUAGCAACAGCAAAGGAGGCUUUUGCCCCAUGUGAAGUUUAUGCCGAACAAAGGAACUCAAGCUUCCUACAGACUAUACUUUUAAAGCCCAUCUAAAGCCCAUUUCCCCCCUCAAAUAAUUUUGGCCAAUGCAGUUUACUCCUCACAGAAUUACUGUCCCCAGCAUCCCUUAAUAAACUAUUCUUUGAGGGGGGAAAUCCAGUGUGAAUGUUUGUCAUGUUUGCAGCCUCAGAUGUAGAUUUGUAGAGGCAAAUCAUCUCAAAGCAGGAGGUAAUUGGCUCUGUCCCUGAACCACCAUUUUGCCUCUGACUCUAGCCCAACACCAAUCUCUAUUUUGGAUCUAGUCUGAUUAGUGGAUCUCAGUGGUUUUUUUACCCAGUGCUUUUUUUCUAGAAAAAGAGAUGCCGGUACUCACCGUGAAGUUGUUACAGUAAGUGCCACACUCUUAAACAACAACAAAAAGAGGUGCCGGUACCAUGUACCUUUGAGUACCCCUGGGGGAAAAAGCACUGGUUUUACCUAAAAAGAGAGAGAGAUCCCACGGGCCUUAAGUCUGCCCAUCUAAUGCCAAGUCUAAUGUUAUUACUUUCCAUUGAAUGUCCUUUGUUUCUUCCCCCGCCCCAGUCUAUCCGUCUGAAGUGAGCACAGCCCUCUCCAGUCUGGAUUGUUUAUCCAGCAUAGUGGAUAGAAUCUCUUCCUCGGACCAGGCGGGCCUCUCUCUGCAGGACUCCACUUUGCUGCAGGAUUCUCCUGGUGCCAGCCCUGAGUCACAGCCAGGCACUCCGGAGACCCCUCAUCCCAAGCUCAUCUAUCAUGUACUAUGAGCUGGCUGAGAUUUGAAACCAGCUCCGGCCACGUUCGGACAUUGCUGAGAACUCCCAACAGCAACGAGAAGGCGGCUCUCCAUUGAAAUCCGAGGCCCUUGGAAUUCCACUGGACCAAAAAUAUGUAUAUAGAGGAGACGUCACUUUAAAAUGUGUACAUUUGUGAAUAUAUUUGCCCCGUCGCCCUUUUUACAAGGGGAAUGACAUUAUAUUUAACCAAGACAUCUAUAUUUUAAUAUUAUAUAAUUCUAUGUUGGGUUUUUAAACUGUGCCGCAUUAAAACCCUAGUUAUUGUCAAGAAUCAGAGCUGGCUCACGCAUAAAAACACUUCAUGUUUUGAGAUGCCCAAAAUGACAGAUAGAAUUUAAGUUAUAUUUUCAUAUGUGUAUUUUUCCCAACUGAGGAGAAAAACAACACCGACAUGCUGUUUUUAUGAGAUGAGAUGAAAAUUCUUAGAAGACAUUUUUCUGAGACAGGUUCUGAGGUUAUCUUUUUCUUGUGGGAUGAGAGAAAGAUGGCCACUUUGCAGAAUUUUAUUUGAAUAUGUUCUACCAUUUUUGUGUGUGGCAACCAUCAUUUCCCCCUCUUCUAUGACCUGGAACAACUUCAGGUCUGUGUGAAGGAUGCAGAAUGGUGGCCAGGCUUUCAACGAAGUGCCGGCUGCUUUCAUUUGCAACCGGGGGAGAGGAUGGAGAGAAACUUUAGAGAAAAAGAAUGAAGAUAUUUCCAUGGCUAAUGGUCAGCUCCAUUCCUAAGAAAAUUUUGCAUUAUAUUUUGGCCACUAGGGGAGCCAUUGGACACUGAUGUUCCUGCCUCUAGGGUUUUGCACUGCCUCUGUCUUUACUGCCAUGGCAAUAUCAUUUUACACAGAAGCCUUUAGAAAUCAAAUAGCACCCCCAAAACAGUUUUUGAUGCUCUGUUUUACUAUUUCCAGUCAAGAGGCCCCCUCCAACGGAGAGGAGCACUUAAGUGUUUUGGUGGGCUUUCUUCAAACUAAAUGGGUGCUUGAAAAACUGUAAUGCAAAUCCAAUUCUGGUUUUAUUUUUUUAUAGCCAUGCUUUCAAUGGUAAUAAAAAAGCCUUGUGGAUAUUUUUUUUGGGGGGGGGAGGGGUUAGCAAAGAAAUCUCUGUUUCGGUUCAUUGUAUGUAAAAGAAGAGUCUUGGUACAGUUUUGGAUUAUGGAGCAGCUCUUCAAUAUGAUGUACUUAAAGGGAAAAAAGCAGGAAGGCUCAAGCGUAACAUUUAAAAGCACUUUUGAUCUCCAUGGAACUCAAUCAUGCAGUUUUAUGAAAGGAAAGAGUUCUGCAAAGGGCAAAGCACAUUAAGGUUUAUGGUGGUUAGCAAUUCUUCAGAGACAUGGAAAACUUCUCAAUUUAUAUGUAAUGUAACCCUAUUAUUUUCCCCCUGCCUUGGACAUCGGGGUGGGCAGGGGAGAAUAUGGUGAUGCCAGCAUAGAAGUUCCAAUCUGAUCCUUUUCAAUGCUUCUACUGCCUCUAUAAACUGUAAAUUUUGUAAACAGGCUCUGACAGUAAUUACCCACCUUUACAACACAACCCUACACAGGUCUACCCAGUAGUUGGUACAAUUGAACUCAAUGGGAUUUGCUUCUUUAUGCUGGUGGUGUUUUCCAUACUAUUCAGCACAGACCACAGUAUAACUGUUGUGUUUGUGCAUGUGCUGUUCUUUUGGUGUGUUCCAUGUAGGUUAUUUUACACCAUCAGCGCCACAAGCAAAGUGCAAAAAUCCACUGUAAUAAAACAUAGCAACGAUGGAAAGUAUCAUCAGCUCCAAUGAAUGGUGGGCCCACUACAUACUAGAGAAGCUGUAUGGAAUCAUCCGUUUCAGUUUGUGCCACAAUGACCUUGCAAAUGACCUUCUGCAAGGCAUGCAGUGUAACACUGACAAACCACAUGCCCGUAAUAUAAUAUACGCCUCUUUCUGGCUAGCUGGCAUUUUCAAGAGUCACAAGCAAGGUCAAUGGCUCUCUUUUCGGCUGGCAAAUGUUUUCAAACAGAGAGUGCUGCUGUUCAUGACUUACUAUCCCGAAACAGCUGUAUAUCAAGCUUGAAUAUAAAGCUGAAGAGCGUUUCCUACAGCAGAAGGAACCAGGAUGUUGGAUUUUUGCAAAUAUUGUAAAACUAUCCAUGACUCCAAAAGCCUUUCUUGUGGGAACUUUUCUAUCUGGGGGAGUGUACUCAGGAGGACACAUCUGAGCUGUAUCUACAGGGCUUUAAGUGCCAAAUCAAAGCACAAUGAGAGAAAUGAGUUAUGUAACUUCCCAUGAGCACACCUUAUGUGGACACCCAGAACACAAUAAUAUAAAUUGUGCUGUAAUAUGCAUUGCACUGGUCCAUAAGGGAAGGUCCAUCACAGCUCAGUGGUACAGUAUUUGCUCCAGGCAGGGUUGGGCGAGAUCCUUGCCUGAAACUCUAGAGCGCCAGUCAGUGGGCCAAUCAGUAUCAGCAAUACUGCACUAAAUAGACCAAUAGCCCUCUGCUCCUAUCAGCUACACAGCUGACAGGGACUACCCAAAGCUCUGGGCUCCAGCAUGGCUGUUAGGACUCUGGGGAAUUGUUGCACUACUUUGGCAUCUAUCCAUUUGCUGAAAAUAAAUUGCUGUGCAGAUGGGCUCUUAGAUUCACCUGUCUGCUUUUGUAGCUGAUUUUAAGGUUCAUAGGAGAAAGAGUUCCAUUAGCCUUCUUUAGGACUUGCACAGAAGGCAGAAUUUCAUCAGCUGUGUCUUGACCCAUGAAAUGCCUACAGUUCUUACAACCUAACCUUAUGCCCAUCUGCAUAAGAAGAAAGUCCCACUGAGUUAAAUGGCUCUUACUCCCAAGAAGUAAGUUAAAUGGCUCUUACUCCCACCUGAGGCGCAACAGGAAUGUACAGCUCCCUGCCCUGCCGUGCCCCAUCCACUCCACUUCAGCCACCAGCAGGAUGCCCCCACCUCUCAUCAAACUUGCAGAGAGUCAAGGCGUUGCUUCGCAUCUUCUCCACCCCAGAAGAUGAGCGGCAACGCUGUGUGCUGGAACGCCUGCUUCUCACGGGCGAGAGGGAAGUGUUCUGGCAGCAGUGCUGGCUGUGGUGUCAUCUUUUCUGCUUCUGCUGCCUGAGCUGGGUGCAUUGCCCUACUUCACUGGUGAGUUGGCUCUGCUCCCAAGUAUAAGUGUGUAGGAUUGCAGCCUUAAAAAUAAAGGAGCUCAUCUCAAGGUCUGAACCUGGCAAGCAAUGUUCUGUAGAAAUUCUAAAACUAAAACUGGCAAUACUGCCUCCUUUUUAAAACCCGAGUAGUGGUUCUACCUGGGGAAAUAAUUUUAUUUGUUUAUUUUGCAAGGUUAUAUACUGUUGCAUUGUAAUAAAACCUUACUUAAAACCAGUAUGUAUGGGCUAAAACUCCUUUGUUGACUAGCAAGGCCGCUCUUACACCUCAGUAACUGUUGAUACAUAUACCAUUGCUAUACAGUGUAUUUUGGUUCUAUGGACUGCAAUAAAGCUCUUUCUCUCUCU